CGGAGGAACAUUGAAGAAUAUCAACGUCAACUCAUGGAAGCCCGAGAAGCGAUGGUGGUUGAGGGUCCAAACGACGAAGGUGAAGGGGAGCUUAAUUUUUUAAUCCUUGAGGACAAGGAAAGUCCUGAAGAGGAGGGGAAUGAUACGGAA